ACCACACGGAGCUUAGUCUCGCGCGACACUUCAAGACGAUCGGAAGCAUUCAGGCGCUAGAAGAAACCUGUUCGCGGCGGUAGAACUAACGUUUCUUCAAUUUCAAUCGUUGUAGACCUAACUGCAUGCAGAACGUGGUCGGUUCUUAACUAAACAAGUGAGUAAGUGAGUGAGUGAGUGAGCGGCGGUUCAAAGCGGCAGCUAUAAACCAGACCCAGAAAGUAAUUUUACGGCGGAGUUCGCUUUACCAAACAAAGUGAUUCACCCCCCAAAAUCCGUUCAGUACACCUACACGGCAUCUGUUCGACCUGAAUCACCUGAAGUACUCACGAUGGACGUUGACACCGUCGUCUAUAGCAACUGCAAGAACCCGGCCAAGUACGAACCGUACCGGUGUAGUCUGAGCGAUAAGCUGCUAAAAAAGGCCAAAGCCGAGCUACGUGAAACCGAGGCCAUUCGUGAGCAAUCGUUGGCUCAAAUGCGUGAAUGGAUCGCCAAAAGUUCGCAGAUCAAGAAAUGCCGCACGGAUUCGUUGUUUCUGUUGCGAUUUCUUCGAACGAAAAAAUUUUCCGUCUCGCAGGCCUGUGAAAUGUUGGAAAAGUAUCUCUUCAUCCGUCAGACCUACCCAAAAUGGUUCCAGAAUUGUAACAUCGACGACCCGGAGCUAGAAGCUGUCAUUGAUGGCGGUUAUAUUGUGCCAUUGCCACAGAAGGACGAAAAUGGUCGCCAGGUGGUGCUCUCUGUGGCUGGCAAUAUUCACAUAAACAAAAUGAACUCAGUUCUGCUAACGCGGGCACACUAUUUGGUCCAGGAGGUGCUGGCAGAUGACGAAGAGGCACAAAUUUGCGGCUAUACCCAGUGCUUAGACGAGCGACAGCUUUCACUGAAGUUGAUGGGACUGUGGUCCCUGAUUGAUAUAAAACGGGUCGCCGAAUGUAUGCAGAACGGAAUUCCAAUCCGGAUGAGGUCGUUUAACUUCAUCGGGCUCCCGUCAGCGGCUGUGACACUGUUAGAGUUCUGUGUUUCCCUGUUGAGUGAUAAACUGAAGAAACGAAUCAAUCUCUUCCGCACCGUGAACGACUUCGCCGCAAAGAUGGAUAAGCGUAUUCUGCCGGAGGAAUACGGAGGAACCGCCGGUCCCAUUGCGGACAUGAUUAGCCAAUUCAAGAAGCGAUGCCACGCGAAACGUGCCCAGCUACUGGCCAUGGAUGAAAUGCACAUCGAAAUCACGAAAACUUCCUCACUCUACACGGACACCUGUCGGGGUGAUCUGGACACCGGCAUCAUCGGCAGUUUCCGAAAGCUGGAAGUCGAUUAGACAAUCAGCCGAAUCAGCUGAAAACAACCGUGAACCAAUUACAGAAUGGGUUUGCUUUCACUGUUAUAUACAUAUGCUUACCUGAAUCUAAAAGUGAUAUUUUACCACCCUGAUCCGAAGUUACAAGAAAUUCAAAGAAAAUAUCUACAAUUGAUUUAUAUUAGUAUGGAAUAAGGUGAACAUGUUUUUAAAAUGUUUAAAUCUAGUAAAUUUAAGAGGAAAAAUACGUUUGUUGCUACUUUAUAA